UGAGAGUCGGAUCUAGACAUUACUCAUGCAACAUCCUGCUCAGGUAUUUUACUAGCGAGACUGCCAUGAAAGCAUGCUUCUUGAUUCCAUGAACAUUUUAACCCUGUGAACUUUGCUUUCAACCUACUUCAUCCAUAUAAUUCCUUGACGAUGCAUCUCGCAACUCUUGUCUGUUUCUGUAUCUCCGCUGCCUCUGCAGUGAAGCAUUAUGGCUUGACGCCCACCGAGGACGUGAAGAAUAUGGUCGAAUAUCACGCCCGGGCAUUGUCGGGAAAUGAUAUGAAUAUGAACCUCACCUCUUUGUUCACGACAGACAGUCAGAAUUUCCAUGAUGGAGCCGAUUUUCUGGCUGCGGAGCUCGGUAUCUUCAACAAGACUAUCGCCGACGUUUUCCCCCCGCAUUCCUUCAAGAUUGGAAACAGCUCCCUUCAAGCCAGAAGUGCUAUCAACGGUGAAUGCCAGGGCCAUGGCAACAUUGAAGAUAAUCUGAGCAGCAAUCAGAUUACGGCCGUGUGUGCUGCUAUGACUUCAGCUGCAGUUGGUGGUGUAACCGGACUUAUUGGUGUCGUUGAUAGCAAGGUUUGCGUUGAGGCUGGUACUGGCCAUCCACUACCUUCAUGCAAGAGUAUUUUCGCGAUCAUCAAUACUUCUGGUGUAACAUUCACUAGUAUCACGGUCAAUACCUAUUGCCCUCAGUUCCUCAGUUUCUUUGUGGCGUGCCAUGGCGCUGAUGCAGAGGCCACUGCAAGCAGCGACAGUGCCUUGGAGUUGACUGGAUUCAACUCUCAGAAGAACUACAACUGCCAGGGGCCCCAUCCGAAUGAGAAAUGUAUCGAGACGUCCGCGUGAAAGCUUGCUGCUAUAUGCAUGGCCCUAUAGCAUAUAUACUACUUGCGAAGCCCAUCAAACUGUCAGUUGUGCGAACAAAGUUCCUAGGGACUUGGUAUCUUGGAUACGUACAUACACUCUUUUGUAUAUAACAAACAGGGAGGCCUCUCAGAGAUGGCAUCCUAGACACUAAUAGAAACUUGUUUAAAAUUUUUGCAAUGAACGCAGACACACUCUCUAGCCACGAGACCACGGCUAUUCUUCAUCGUUGCAGUCCAUGAUGUAUUUAUAAAGCAACAAUCGCUAGCCUUGGGGCUAUUGUUCAAGACUACAUGCUGACCAACAGGGAAGAUUUGAUAAUGCA